AGUUGGGAAUAUUAAAGUUAUUACCAGACCUAUUAAUAGGACGUACCUAAAUGUACUUUUGGUAGGAACAUCGUAUUUAGGUCGCCCCAGCGAGAGUUGUGGCGAUCAUCACCAAAGAGCAUGAUCAUCACAAGCAAAGAAAGAUUUGUAUACAACUACUCUUAUCACGCUGGCGUCUUGCGUUUUCUGCCCGAUUUGUUUGUUUGUACUUUAUAGUCAAUUGAUACAUAAGUGGAAGUAAAGUAGGUGAUGUUCGCCUCAACUUUUGUUGCUCUACGUGCAUUUAUUAUUUUGAUUUUGCUAAAACUAGGCAGUAUGAUCUCUGAUCUUAGCCUAUUCCUAUAAUAACGAAAAAGAAUGUUGUGUUUGACAGUGACAUUUCGAAUUUUUGCCGCGAAUCUAAAAAAAAUUUUGGUGCUUUACAUUUUUUUUUAUAAUUUCUUUGCUAAUUUUAAAUUCAUUAACCUAUCUACCUAUUCAAAACUUUUGGGUGUUAUUUCUUUUAGAAACGGACAAUAUCAAAUAAUGUUUACAUUUACUGAGUUUAAUAUCGCAGUUGAGAAUGCUGAAGCCAAUCCUCAAAACUUGGAUUUUCUUAAUCUUUUAUCUUGUAAAUGGGACGAGGUUCAUGAAAAAUGUGAAGUGUUUCGGUAUAAAAUUAAUAACCUACAAGACAAAGUCGUCGAUGGAUAUUUACUGCAGUUAAACCCAGAGCGGAACUGCAAGAGGCGAACUCCAGAACAAAUAGACAGCAUUUGCCAGUCAUUUGAUGGCACAAAAUUCAAUUUCAACAAAGUUUCACCUCAAGAAGUUCUUUUUACAUUUAAAAAAGAUGUUCAAGUAUCAGCUGUCCAUAGUGUUAUCGUUAAUGUAAGCCCAAUAUCUAGAUACCAUAGCCUUCUAUGUCCGUCACUUGAGAAGUGCCUACCACAAGUUGUAACUGAGGAAAGCUUGGAGCUAGUUAUUAGUCUUAUGUUGCUAGUGAAAGAUCGUGCCUUUCGUAUAGGAUUCAACAGUCUUUGUGGUUUAGCAUCGGUGAAUCACUUGCAUUACCACAUAUUUAUGGAAAAUAAUAUAUUGCCAGUGGAAACAGCUAAAUGUAACCACCUACAAGGGCCUGUGUACUGUAUGAAUCAAGACUACCCCAUCCCUGCCUUUUGUUUCCAAAUACCAUGUGAGGAUUCAGCCACAAAUAUGGCAAAAGACAUAUACAAACUCCUGGAAUACUUGCUACAUAAGUCAAUAGCACAUAAUAUCUUUAUAACUAGAGGAGAGAGUGUAGACAGUAGUGAAAAAGAGGUCAUAAGGGUGCUUGUGUGGCCAAGGAAGAGUAGUGCAGGAGUGAAACAGCUUAGCGCUUUCAAUGUAGCUGUUCUGGAGCUGAGUGGGUGGUUCCCAGUUUAUAAUGCUGACGAUUUUGAAAACCUACAAGCCGCCGACCUCGAGAAAGAACUGAAAAAGUGGAGGAUAGACAACUUUGAAGAUCUAUGUAAGGAAAUAAAAUCACUGUUUUAGUAGGACUUGUAUUUUGAUACCAAAUAGUAGUUUUGGUUACUGUGAGUAAUGGAUGUAGGUAUCUAUCUGUUGAUGAUGAUUUCAUUUUAACGUCUGACACUUCAUACGCUCUUUAGAGUGGUCUGAUAGCAGUAAGUAGUUACUUUGUAGAUAGUUUACAAAAUAGGAAAUACCUACAGCUAUUGUUUACUUCUCUCGGACUAGGUGCUUUAGGUGUAUUUUGCUGUUUAACAAAAUAACUUACUGUAGGUCCUAGAUCGUGCUAAGAACUUCUCGCCCGCUUAGACGCCUGUUCGAAAAUUAUGUGCAAUAAAUGCAAGUAUUCUUAGAACAAUGAAAUUGCUCUAUCAAAUAAAAAAGCC